AGGAGGGAGGAGGUGGAGGUGGAGAAGGCGGAGGCGGGACGGUGGCGCCAGCAGCAGUAGCUAAAUAUAGAGAAUAAAUAGCGAUUGUUAGGGAGGGAAAUAAAAGUCUCCUAUGGGUUGCUGGCCGCAUAGUUGGCGAGAGGACUCCUUGGAUACAUCUUGAUCUCCCUCCUUUUGUUGCCUACUUUGGAGGCGUUUCUAUUAGUGAAUAUUGGCGAACUACGAGACCUAUUAGCACUGGCGUCUGUUGUACUGGGAUGGCGUGCUGUUCUAUUAGCCCGCAUGAGUCUCUCAUCUAUUCUGAAGUCCAUGAUUGAUAGCUAAUGGUAUGUAUUUGGAGAGUUUUGCAUCUGGAGGAUUAAUUAGAUGAGCUUCAUUUUGGAUGGGGAUAAUGGCUACAAAAAAUUGGAAGCAGAGUGACAUGUUCGUCAAGAAGCACCAGUGUAUAGGAAAGGUUCGGAAUCUCAGAGGACUGUCUAUUCUUUUGUUCAGCUAGUGUGGGGGUACCAUGUUUUAUUAGUCAAAUACCAUGAGCAGCCACAGUUUGAUUACAGUUAAACAAAAUAAUUCUCCCGAAGGAACAAAGCAUCUCUGUCAUUCUUCACCUUUAUCAGUUCAGUUUAACAAUGAACAAGACUGCCAAAAAUUAUCAAGAUCCUCCUAUGUCGAGACAGUGUUGCACAAUUCAUCCAGCUUCAGUAAGGACCUUCCUUUGCAUACCAAGAAAUCAAGCUCAGGGCCUGAACCAGGAAGUUCUUGUUCUUAUGUAUCUCAUCCUCAAUAUCCAGAGCACAUGUUUUCUCGUUCUUCUACAUUUUGUACCAGCCUUUACUCUUCAUCUUCUACUAGUUCAGAGUCAUGUCAAAAACUUCAGAACUUACCCUUCCUUCCUCAUCCUCCAAAAUGUAAGCACCAGAAUUCAGCUGUUCAAUCUUCUAACUCUCCGCUGCAGUUUAGUGGAGAUAUAAGUGCAACGAGUGGUGAGGAUGAACACACAGAUGACUUGAUGAAGGAUUUCCUUAAUCUCUCUGGAGAAGUUUCAGAUGGUAGCAUCCAUGGAGAGAAUUGUGGGAGUAGUGGCUUAGCACUUAACGAGCAAAUAGAAUUGCAAAUUUUGUCUGAACAACUUGGCAUAGCUAUCACUGACAAUGGGGAAAGCCCUCAUUUGGAUGACAUAUAUGAGACACCACAAGUCUCAUCUCUUCCAUUGUCUGCCAACCACAACCAGACAGAUCAGCCUUCAAAACCUCACACUAAAGUCCAAUUGCAUUCACCCCCCUCCAUAAACCCAGCUUCAGCUGCAAAUAAAACAAGAUUAAGAUGGACCUUGGAGCUUCAUGAGCGAUUUGUCGAAGCUGUGAACAAGCUUGAUGGUGCUGAGAAGGCAACUCCAAAGGGUGUGCUAAAGCUUAUGAAUGUUGAAGGUUUGACUAUCUACCAUGUAAAGAGUCAUUUGCAGAAAUAUCGACUUGCAAAGUACCUUCCAGAGGCGAAAGAAGACAAAAAGGCUUCGAGUCGUGAAGAUAAGAAAUCAUCAUCAUUGGUUAGUAAUGAUGGUGAUUUGGCCAACAAGAGGAGCAUUCAAGUCACUGAGGCUCUACGCAUGCAAAUAGAGGUUCAGAAACAGCUGCAUGAACAACUUGAGGUCCAAAGAGCACUGCAAUUGCGCAUAGAGGAAAAUGCAAGGUACUUGCAGAAGAUUCUUGAAGAGCAGCAAAAGGCAAACAAUUCUUCUUCCUCCACGCAAAGGUUUAGCUCAGAGCCCCCACUGGAAUUGCGUAGUCCCUUCACAGAGAAAGCUGAUGCAAGAGUGGACUCCUCUCCACUUAACUCUGUGAAGCAAAGAGGGAAUGAGUCAAAUGACCGGGAGAGUGAUUCUGAAUCUGUUGAAGAUAGUAAAAGGAUGAGGCUGGAUGUUGAGCAUAUAAGACCUUCCUAAUGAGAGUCUAGCCGAGGGUACCAUCUUCAGAUAGCUUCUGUUGUCUAUAAGAAUCUUCAUGUCAUUUUCUUUCUAUUAAUUUCCCAGUUAUUGCAGGGGGUUGGAGUGGAUCAGAUUUCGAGUUGAUGUACAGUAUUGUGAAAAAUGAAAUUAAACUGAGGGACCUGGAUUUGCUAAACCUUUAUGAGUGUCCUUGCAUUCUCAGAUAAAUGAUGAAUGCAUCAUUUUGCUCCA